UUACAAAAUUUUUAUUAAUUAUGUAAAAAAAGAGAAAUUAAAAAUUUAUUAAAAAUAAAAACUAGUGGGAGAUUUGAACCACAAAUAAUGGGGUGCUGGAAUUAGCAGAUUCCGGCGAGGCAAAGCCGUAGGGUCCUCCAUUUUCGGGUUUACACUAUUUGUUUUUCACCUAAAAAGGGUUGUCUUGAAUUUUGGGUCAUAUUUUGUUGUUGUUGUUGUUGUUGAUUCCGUCGUCCAGGACUGCGAUGGAGCUAUUCCAGAAGGCCAAAGUGGUUCGUCUAAAAAGCCACCAUGACAAGUACCUCCUUGCAGAGGACGACGAAGAAAGCGUGUACCAAGACCGCAACGGCUCGGUCAAAAACGCCAAAUGGACGGUCGAAUUCGUCGACAAUCCCCCCGGCCUCCGCUUCAAGAGCUGCUUCGGUAAAUACCUAACCGCCUCCAAUCUCCCCUUUCUUCUGGGCAUGACCGGCAAAAAGGUCCUGCAAACCCUACCCCAAAAGCCCGAUCCCUCCACCGAGUGGGAGGCCCUCCGUGAGGGCUUUCUAGUCAGGCUCAAAACUCGGUACGGCCAGUUCCUUAGGGCCAAUAGCGGCUUGCCUCCCUGGCGCAACUCCGUUACUCAUGAUAUUCCUUUUAGAGCCGCCACCAAGGAUUGGAUCCUUUGGGACAUCGAUAUCCUCCAGGUUCGAUCUCCCAGCUCUGUUCAUUACCACUCGUCUGCACCUACUCUUCCACCACCGCCCCCACCCUCCAAGCACAAACCCCACCACCACCAUCAUCAUUUCCGCCGCCGGCAUUGCAAGGUCGUGGACUCCUCGCCGUCACGGGAUCAUCAUUGUAGAGAACAGUCAAGCGAAUCAGUAGAUGGGUCACCAAUGACAGCGGCGGAGGGGAGGGUGAUCCAUUACUAUGUGGCAAACAGGAAAGGGGAGGUGAAGAAGGGAGUAGAAGAGGUGAGUUUUACAUUCAAAGGGAGUCAGCCGGAGGAGUUGAAGGAGAAGUUGAUAGAGGAGUCGGGCCUCCCCGACAUCAUCGUCUGUACUCGGAAUCCUCUCAAUGGAAAACUCUAUCCUCUCCGCCUCCAUCUUCCUCCAAACAAUGCCGGCCUGCACGUUGUGCUGGUCCCUUCUUCUAAUGGUCAGUAUACUUGUCUUUGUCUUCAACGAUUUCUUGAUCUCCUCGUAUAAUUGCUGCCGCUUUGAUGUUACUAGAUAUCGAGAUGCUCGAAAGUCCGUAGAGCCAAGAACCAGAUUUGAACUGGUGAUAAUGAAGAUUUUCAGUCUUCUACUCAACUAACUGAGCUAUCCCGCUAGAGAAAUCAAUCAAACCACAGGGUUUUCUGUCUAGAAAAGUUUAGGACCUCCAACCUACAGUCAUCCCAUUCUCCAAGACUUAGCUCCAAAUCUACUUGUUCUUUGAUAACUCUAAUCUACUUAUAUUCUUUGAUAACUCCCAAUUGAAUCUUUGGUUUGAAUUUUUGUGUAUUAAUUGUAACAUACAAAAUGACUCUUUCUUUGUUCUAAAUUAUUCUUUUAUUCUUUUAUUAUGUAUUCUAUGUAUUAAUAUGGAUCAAAUGGGAAUAGGUCGGUUACUUUUAACAUGCUAAACUUCGUUCAAACAAACUCAAUUUCUCGAUGAAUUAUAGAGUUAACAAAAUGUAUAUAUUUUUGUCCAUAAACCAAAUAAAGUACCUAUUUUCAUCGGUUUUCUACUACUAGGGCAGCUCACGUGAUCCUAC